AUGGAGCACAGCAGCAGCAAGCGACGCGCGGCGGCGUCGCACUGGAAGAGCUUCGGCGGACCGCGGAGCAAAAAGCCUGAACCCGCCACCGCAACAGCGCCCCCCGCGCUCUGGCCGCUGCUGCCUGCAUGCCUGCGUGGCCCCUUCCUCACGCAGCUGGGUGUGCCGUCGCCCGUGAAAAUGAAGCGCAACUCCAAGGCCGAUACAGCAGCAGGCUCACAGCAGCCGUUGGCAGCGUCGCCCUCCUCCCCCCCAUCGCCGUCAGCGGAUAGCGAGUCGCCCAACUUCCGCUUCUCGCAGCCGCUCUCCCUCGUCCGCAUCUCCUCCCUCGCCCCCUCCCUCACUCCUUCACCCCCCCUCGCCCCCUCCCUCGCUCCUUCACCUUCCCUCGCCCACUCCCUCGCUCCUUCACCUUCCCUCGCCCCCUCCCUCGCUCCUUCACCUUCCCCCGCCCCCUCCCUCGCUCCUUCAGCCUCCCUCGCUCCUUCACCCUCCCUCGCUCCUCCACCCACCCUCGCCUCCUCCCUCGCUCCGUCACCCACCCUCGCCCCCUCCCUCGCUCCGUCACCCUCCCUCGCCCCCUCCCUCGCUCCGUCGCCCUCCCUCACCUUCCCCUCUCCUGCCUCUCCUCAUGCCCCCACCGCCCUGCCUGCACCCGCCACUGCGCCUCGCACUCCCACGGUGACAGCGAAAGAGCUCUACUCUCACGUCAAGGCGUUCCUGGCGGGGCGAGCUGGGGGAAGUGGCAGCGCGCAUGGCACUGGGGACGGUGGUGGGGGAUGUACUAGUGGCGAGGGUGGAGGGGAGGAGGAGUGGCAGGGGCUGUGGCGAGUGGUGCGGGCAUGCGGGGUGGAGUCAGCAGGGGAGUUGAGUGGUGUGGUGGAUGAGAGGGGAUGGACCGCCAUGCACGUGGCUGCCCGCAAUGGUGACUCCCCCGUGGUCAGUCUCACCUCUCAUGCGUGCAUCUUCCCACUGGCACCCGUGCAUCAGCUCCCACACAUCCCCACCUUCCAUCAUCCUGAGUCUGCACACUCCCCAGCGAAGCCUUGUUCCACGCUCACACCGGCGCCCUUUUUUCUCCCCCCGGCUCCCCCGUGCAUGUGCCUGCAGCUGCGGGCGCUGUUGGACAUGCGCAUGCCGGCGGGGGUGUGCAGCACGCGCAAUGCCACCACGCCACUGCACGUGGCGGCGUAUGGCGGCCAUGUGGACUGCAUGAGCCUGCUGGUGGAGUAUGGGGCUGACAUCCGCGCUCGCACUGCUGGCGGCUGUGAGUGCCUGGCGGCUGUGAGUGCCUGGCGGCUGUGA